GGAGAUAAGAAAUCUGCCGUAUCUACCAUGUCAUUGAUCAGCAAGGCUCCCAUCUUCAAGCCUUUUACGCUGGCCUUGAUCCAGCUGGGAGGUAUCAGCGCCAACAAGGCCGACAAUCUGAAGCAUGCGCGAGAAAAGAUACUCAAGGCGGCGACGAAUCCUGCCAAGCCCCAGGUCGUCGUUCUGCCGGAAUGCUUCAAUUCGCCUUAUGGACACGUCCAUUUCCCAAACUACGCUGAGGACAUCGAGUACGUUCCCGGAAAGCCGUAUGAUGUUGCCCAGAGCAAGAGCGAGUCUGUGAAGAUGCUUUCGUCGGCUGCGAAGGAGGCUGGAGUGUGGCUCAUUGGAGGCUCGAUACCAGAACGCGAGGCCGUCAGUGAUAAGCUCUACAAUACAUGUACAGUGUACAACCCUCAAGGCGACCUGAUUGCCAUGCAUCGAAAGGUCCAUCUGUUCGACAUUGACAUUCCUGGAAAGAUUACGUUCAAGGAAAGCGAGACCUUGACGGGGGGCACGUCUCUGAAUUUCUUCGACACAGAUUUCGCACGUAUUGGCCUGGGUAUCUGCUAUGAUGUACGAUUUCCAGAGAUGGCGAUGAUAGCUGCACGAGAUGGUUGCCAUAUGCUCAUUUAUCCCGGGGCAUUCAAUCUGACGACUGGACCUCUUCAUUGGGAGCUACUUCAAAGAGGACGUGCUCUAGAUAAUCAAAUAUACAUGUCUAUGUGCAGCCCCGCGCGAGACAUGAGGUCUAAUUAUCAUGCGUGGGGACAUUCGAUGGUGGUUGACCCAAUGGGAAAAGUACUCUCUGAAGCUGGACACGACGAAGAGAUUACCUAUACAGAUAUCGUUCCCAAGGUCUUUGAAGAGACCCGCGCGGCGAUACCUGUAACAAAGCAGCGCCGCUUUGAUGUAUAUCCAGAUGUCAGUGCAUGA